AUGGCUAGCGAAGAGUCACCCCUGGACGAUGUGUUGCGGCAAAAUACAUUGUAUCAGAACCGCGUGUAUGAGUGGAUUUUGGGGUUGCAAAGAGCAAGACCUCCCGUCACUAGUGAUCCAGUUAUGGACUUGGUGGUGAUAUCUCCCAUGCAAUCGGCCAAAUUCAUUCGUCUAAUGCUUCUAUGUGGUAUAGUAUCCGGGGUCUUAAUGUCGUUUCCAUCAGUCAUCUACCUAAUACUUAAAUGGAACAAAUUUUCGCUCUAUGAAAAUAAGCUCAAGUGGUGGCUCGCUAUUAAUUCGUUUAUCCAAGGGAUACAAGUGCCACUUAGGCUGGUUUUAUAUAAUGCAUUGGUUAACUUGGAGCAGUCAGACAAUAGAGUCAUCAUCUACUGUAUAUCACUAAUUACCAGUGGAAAUGGAUGGAAGUUGAGCAAGAAGAUCACGUUGCUCAACUAUUUAUGGUUCAUGAUGGGGAUUUGCUUGCUUAAUAAGACAAAGGCUCAGAAAUCUGCUCUGCACUACCGUAUUUUUUUAAUAAUCGCAUUAAAUCUAGUAAGGAUGCUGAUCACAAUUAUCGGCUUCUACCGCACAUUCCCACCCGGCAUUGCACUGGGAUGGCGCACUCCCAAGGGAAUAUCCAAACGGGAAAUAUCCGAGAUACCGCUAGUUCCCUAUGACGAGAAGUUGGAGAUCAAAAAUGGUUCUUGUAGUAUAUGCAUUAGUGAAUUCUAUGAGGGAGAGUGGCUGCGUGUGCUGUCAUGUAAGCACGGCUUUCAUAAGGUGUGUUUGGACCCAUGGCUAUACAAGAACAACGCUUGUCCGCUAUGCAUGAAAUGUCCAACACAACCCAAAUAA